GCAAUAGAUAAUACUGGAAAAGCGUGAUAUCACGCAUGAGCGCGCCGAAAAUAGAUCAUGUUCAUAAAAAUACUUCGUACUCGAGUUGAUAGCUAAAUAAUGACAGCACGUGUCAUGAAUAGAACCUCUGAGUCUAAUAAUUUUAUAAAAAAAAUUAAUUUUUUAUAACACGUUUUUUUUUGUAAAUUGUCGUGCGUGGUGUUUCUAGCUUAAUGGUAAACUUAGUAAUUUCCUAAGGUUACCUACGUAAAUCCAGUUUUCAGCGGCUUAACCUUUCGUAACCUAUAAAUAGAUUUCAAGGUCAAAUCGCUUUUUGAUGUGUUCGUGCAAUGAACUCUGAGUUCGUAAAAGACGUUUCAACAGUGUGUAAUUUUGUUUAUGUGCAAACCAGAAACGCGGUGAUUCGAUCUUGGGACUCGCUCGGUGGAUGGCUGCACACCCUUCGAUCAAAGGAAGGUGACAAUACCGAUGCUGCAAACGUGGAAUAUAACCCAUGGCCGUCGUAUACCUUUACGGGAAAGCUGAGGCCGUUCCCGGCAGGGCCAAAACGCACUGUGCCGCCUCAUAUAGGUCGUCCGGAUUACGCUGAUCAUCCGACCGGGUUCCCGGCUUCAGAGUAUGCUGCUAAAGGUUCAGCUCAAAUCAAGAUCCUUGACGAUGAAGAGAUUGAGGGCAUGCGUGUUGCUUGCCGCCUCGGCAGAGAAGUUCUGGAUGAAGCAGCUAGAGUGUGUGAUGUAGGAGUUAGCACAGAUGAGAUUGACCGUGUAGUCCACGAGGCUUGCAUUGAACGGGAAUGUUACCCAAGUCCCCUGAAUUACUAUAAUUUCCCCAACAGUUGUUGUACUUCAAUUAAUGAGGUUAUAUGUCAUGGAAUACCAGAUUUACGUCCAUUACAGGAUGGGGACAUAUGCAAUGUUGAUGUAACAGUUUACCAUAGAGGUUUCCAUGGUGAUCUAAAUGAAACCUUUUUUGUCGGGAAUGUACCAGAGACUACUCGUAAAUUAGUUCAGGUCACCCAUGAAUGCUUACAGAAAGCCAUAGAUAUAGUCCGUCCUGGUGAAAAGUACAGGGAGAUUGGCAAUGUAAUACAGAAACAUGCUCAAGCAAAUGGAUAUAGUGUAGUAAGAUCUUAUUGUGGUCAUGGCAUACAUAGAUUGUUUCAUACAGCUCCAAAUGUACCACAUUAUGCUAAAAACAAAGCUAUUGGUAUUAUGAAAGUAGGACAUUGUUUCACAAUAGAACCAAUGAUCAAUGAAGGAGGCUGGCGGGAUGAGCAGUGGCCCGAUCAUUGGACAGCCGUGACCGCUGAUGGAUCAAGAUCUGCACAGUUUGAACAAACCCUUCUAGUAACAGAAUCGGGCUGUGACAUUUUAACCAAACGUGACACGGGAAGACCCUGGUUUCUGGAUCAACUCGAGAAAAUUGAAGCGAAGGAUAAGUCUUAGUCCAAACUCGAAUGCCAAACACAUACUAAGAUGAACUCUUUUUUUUUAUAAAAAUGUUUGAAUGUUUAGUGCUGAAGAAAUUAAUGUAACAAAAACAUUAUGUAUUAAUAUUUAAAAAAAAGCGAUAAAAUAUGGUUUAAUUUUCUGGUAAGUUUUUAACAAUUUUUGACAUUUAGAAAUUUAUGGUUUUUGUUGUCGCAGAAGAUAUAAACGGUAGUGUCUUAAAUAAUAUCUACGGAACGUGCAAGAUAAUUACUAGCGAUUGUAAAAUAGUAUUUAAAAGUCUAUAUAGCGAAUACCUAGAUUUUGUAUUGGACAAUAUACUUAAAUUCAAAUUGAAGAGGUCAAUGAUGAUCAUAUUGAGUAAAUUAGCUUUGUUAUUUUUGAAUGAGGUCUCGAAGCCUCUUCGUAUUCUACGACAUCUCUUGUACCUAUCAAACGAUAACGCAUGAUCAGUUCUUAGUAGAAAUAGAGCAGUAAUAUCGAUUUGCCUAGUAUGUUAUACCACGACCAGCUUCCGUUACCACCGAGCAUAGGCUUCUAGAGAUUCCUAAAGGCUGGAAGCAUGAACACCAAACAACUCCUAGCACAUCCGUGGCCUGACGUGCAAGAAGCCCGGUAAACAUUAUCAAGGUCUAUCAAGGUCUUUUCUAAAUAACUGCGUUAACUACACGAACGAUUUUGAUGGUUUUGGUGAAGCACGGUAACCACUAGACACCAGAAUUGUUAUAACACGUCUAUUUAUGCAAAAAAACUCAUUUAUAAUUUAAAUACCAUGAAAAUUACUUCUACAAAAUACAAAUUAUUAACUCUUCCAUUUGUACAUAUUAAAUUUCUCUUGUUAUGAAAA